CUUUUCCGGGGAGGGCAAGUGCAGGUUCUCCUUCUUCGAGCUAGGGUUUCUUCUUUUUAAGGAUUAGAAACCUCAAUCUACUUCUUGCUACAACUGGAAAAAUUUGCUUCAAGUCAAAGAUAAAUUCAAGAACAUGGACAAAAGUAUGGAGUAUUUUUUGUUGUCCAAGAUCUAAACGAAGAGAUCGAGAAGAAAAAAUAGCAGUAUCAGAGGGCUGGGAAAAAGAAAUAGAGCAAGCGCAAUGAAAAAAGUGAAUUUCGUUCUACAUCUUCUGUUGGGGUGUUUAAGCGUGCUCUCUUCAGCCGUUAUUUCCGAUCUGAGCAUCUCCAAGCUUGAUCGAAAGAUUGAUUUGACAUCCCAAGUAAUCAGGAGCACUACUUCUCUGAAGAUAUACAAUUCUGGUAAUGAUCCUGCAACAGAGGUCUUGUUGCCUUUCCCUGGUCACCAGGCAGAGCACUUGGCAUUCUUGAUUGCUGCAACUAGUGAAGGGAAAGUGAAAGCUAAAAUGUCCUCAGGUAGCCUUCCUGUUAAGGUUGUCAAUCCUGAUGGACUGCCCACGGAGCUGACUUGGUAUGCUGUCUCUCUGCCCAAGGAACUAGGCAAGGGAGAUAGCAUAACUUUGGAGGUGAAGGCAGUAUUGACCCACUCAUUGCGGCCAUUCCCUGAGAAGAUUACUCAGACAGAGCUGCAGCGUUUCAUUUUCCAAGACAGUGCCCAUUUUCUCUCUCCUUACUCAGUCCACACACAAUCCCUAACUCUUAAGCUUCCUGAGCCAAUGGUUGAAUCUUAUACCAAAUUCGAAAAUACCCAGUUCUCUGGUUCCGAGCUCAAGUAUGGACCUUAUCAAAAUGUUCCUCCUUUCUCAUUCCAACCUAUAGCAGUUCACUUUGUCUGCAACAAGCCAUUUGUAGUUGCCGAGCAGUUGGUGAAAGAGAUAGAAAUUUCGCAUUGGGGAAAUGUGCAGGUAACAGAGCACUAUACCCUUGCUCAUGCCGGUGCACAGAGCACGGGAGAAUUCUCAAGGUUAGAUUACCAGACCCAACAACAUAUUAGAGGAGCGCCAGCAUUUAGGAACCUUGUAGCUAGGCUCCCACCAAGAGCUCAUUCCAUAUACUAUCGAGAUGAUAUUGGGAAUAUUUCAACAUCUAAUUUAUGGAGUGAUGCAAUCAAGACAUUGCUGGAAAUUGAACCUAGAUAUCCGAUGUUUGGUGGCUGGAAAACUUCUUUCACAAUCGGUUAUGGCCUGCCACUCCAAGAUUUCUUGUUCUACUCAGAUGGGGGACGUUUUCUUAAUAUCACCUUCGGUAGUCCAAUGAAUGAGGUGGUAAUUGACAAUCUCGUCAUUAAGGUUGUUUUACCUGAAGGAUCAAAUAGCAUAUCAAUCUCUGCUCCAUUUCCUUUCAACCAGUAUAAAGAGACCAAACUUUCCCAUUUAGAUAUGAUUGGUAGACCAGUUGUGGUAUUAAAAAAGACAAAUGUAGUGCCCGAGCACAAUCAGUACUUCCAGGUGUAUUACAUGUUCAACAGCUUCUCACUGUUUAGGGAACCAAUGAUGUUAAUAUCGGGAUUUUUCUUCUUUUUUCUCACAUGCAUAAUUUAUGUGCAUGCUGACUUAACAAUCUCAAAGUCUUCUGCUUCUUAUUUGGCAAGGAAGCAAUGGGAUGAGGUACAAACUGCUUUUCAAGAAGUUGAGAGCAUCAUAAACCAUUGCUUGACUAUUCAUGAUACACUAGAAUCAUCGUUGCGCGAUCUCUCAAGGACAGGGGAUAUUCAGGCUUGCAAAGCUGCUCGAAAAGCAGCUGAUGGUGCUUUGAAGGAGCUCUCGGUAGAAUUGAAGCCCUUAUUAUCAUCCUUGCAGUCCUUCCCACAGGCUGGUCCAAUCUGUCACAAGGUUAAUGAUCUGGUUGAAAAGGAAAAGGAACUGCAAGAGAAGUUGUUAUUGAAGCACUCAAUAGUGAUUGAUUGUUAUGAGAAAAAGUCAGGGGGGCGUGAUAUUGAAAAGCGUGUUGCACAAAUCCAGCAAAAGAUAACAUCCCAGAGGCAGGAAGUCGAUGAUAUUCUUCAGAUAAUCGAUGACAUAUAAUUCGCAAACUGAACAGUUUUAUGAACUCCAACAAACUUCUUAUACGCGUGUUCUUUUCAAAGAGGUGAAUCCAAUUUUUGUUGCGAAUAGAGUAAUUUUGACCUGUUUUUAGCAUUGCAGCCUUUGUUUGCAUUUUGACUGUUCUGUUCUGGUCCCUUGACUUUAAUGAAUACUUUUAGGCUCUGAGUUCGGAUCCUUGCUAUCGGAUUUGAUACUUUUUUAUUAUGGACUGACUGAAGCAUUCUGAUAAUGGAUUCUGUGAGUUUUUGAACUCCAAUAAUGGAUCGAUAUUUUA